GACAGGUAUGAGAGAGGUUGGAUUGGACUAGUGAAAGAAGGAUUUUUAAAGCUGAGGACAUGUGUUUUGGAAGGUGUACUAGGUGUAUUGGUUAUAAGUUGCUCAUCCUUGCCUUGCUCAGCAUUGUGGCCAACAUUUUACUUUAUUUUCCCAAUGGUGAAACAAGAUUUGCUUCAGAGCAUCAUCUCGGCAAAUACGUGGAGUGCCUUCAUGGCAUUCUAGGUGGAGGCUUUUUGGUACUCAUUCCAGCUGCUGUAUUCAUUGGGCUUCACAAUGACUGCUGUGGGUGCUCUGGCCAUGAGGACUGUGGGAAAAGCUGUGCAAUGCUGUCCUCGGUUCUGGCAGCCUUUGUUGGGAUCCUGGGUUCUGGAUACUGUAUAAUUGUGUCAGCACUGGGCUUGUCUCAUGGACCGUAUUGUUUUACUCACCUAGAAAGAAACUGGGUGUAUCCUUUCACUGAAUCCUCUGGAGGGUACUUGUUUGAGUAUGACAAAUGGUCUGAAUGUCAAGAACCUCAAAACAUCGUGCAGUGGAAUGUCACCCUCUUUUCCAUCCUCCUUUGCUUGGGAGGAAUAGAGUUCAUUCUGUGCUUCAUACAGAUAGUCAAUGGCAUCCUUGGAGGACUACGUGGGUUGUGCUGCAGUCAUGAGGAGACAUACGUUUGCUAG